AACGUCAUACGUUGUGCUCUGGUCUGGACCUCCGUGGAACUGAAGUGUUUUACAAAGCAAACUUUACCACGUUGCGACAACCUCUAGGCGUGUGCGACAGGCCUUCGGGUCCACUCCGAACACCAACUGGAGCCCUACCUUUUCUCACCAGUUUGCACACUCUUCUCGAGGCUGGCGAUCAGCCACCCUCUGUACCCAAGAGCUGAGGACAGCAUCAGGACACUACCUACCAGCAGACUGAGAUGGGACGGACAUCUAAGGAUAAACGAGAUGUCUACUAUCGCCUGGCCAAGGAAAAUGGCUGGCGGGCCCGAAGUGCUUUCAAGCUACUUCAACUUGAUGAGGAAUUCCAACUCUUCAAAGGUGUCAAGCGAGCAGUUGACUUGUGUGCAGCCCCAGGAAGCUGGAGCCAGGUGCUGAGCCAGAAAGUUGGGAGUCAGAGUUCUGGUCAGGUGGUGGCUGUGGACUUGCAGGCUAUGGCUCCACUCCCAGGGGUGAUACAGAUACAGGGUGACAUCACUCAGCUUUCCACUGCCAAGGAGAUCAUCCAACACUUUGAGGGCUGCCCUGCUGACCUAGUAGUGUGUGACGGGGCUCCUGAUGUCACUGGCCUCCAUGACGUGGAUGAGUACAUGCAGGCCCAGCUUCUGCUAGCUGCUCUCAACAUUGCUACUCAUGUCUUGAAGCUAGGGGGCUGCUUCGUGGCCAAGAUAUUCCGAGGCCGGGAUGUGACCCUGCUCUACAGCCAACUACGUAUCUUCUUCUCCAGUGUGCUCUGUGCUAAGCCCAAGAGCAGCCGGAAUUCCAGCAUUGAGGCCUUUGCAGUGUGUCGUGGUUAUGAUCCUCCUGUGGGCUUCAUUCCAGACCUGACCAGACCCCUACUGAACCACUCAUACGAUACAGAUUUCAAUCAGUUGAAUGGUCCCACCCGUGUUAUUGUGCCCUUUGUGACCUGUGGGGACCUCAGCGCCUAUGAUUCUGACCGCACUUACUCUCUGGAUCUAGAUGGUGGCUCUAAAUACAAAUAUACUCCACCAACCCAGCCCCCCAUCGCACCCCCAUACCAGGAGGCCUGCAGGUUGAAGAAGAAUGGACAGCUGGCCAAGGAACUCCUGCCCCAAGAAUACACCAUCAACAGUGUAGACAAGUUGUCCCAGCCUCUGACUGUCCAUACCCUGCUAACCCCCAAGGUGGAAGACAAUGAAAUUAAUGGUUCACCUUAACACAUUAAGGGUUUGCAGUAAAAGUCAAAGUAAUACAGCCCAAAAGCUGCUGCCUGACAAGAAAACCAGAAGCUGGCUUGCUGAGUUUGUUUGCAGAUAUCAUCUAUGGGGACUGAACAGACCGACCUAGAGUGAGAAUCUACAGCAACUCAAUGACGACAAAGAAAUGGUGAAGACCUCAGAGCUGCAGGAGAGAUUUGUUGAGACUGUGAGCACAUUCCUCUUCUCUAAACCUCUCCUGGAGUGUCCGGAGUAGGCCCAGGAUUUUCCCCCAAAGUACUGGUUCUUCUAUGGUUAAACAUCAGGGACCUUCACCAAACAUGAUGGAGGAAUGUGUGAAUAUUGUCACUAUAAUGGAAGUUCAGCUUGACUCCCAGUUAACAAAUAUUGGCAAUAAAUCAAAACAGGAAAAGCCCUA